AUGGAGGAUGAUGGUUUUGAUGAUAAUGUUGCGGUACGAAAAAGAAUUAUUGGCAUUCUAGCCGGAAUUGGUAUGAACGUUAAUAAUGUAAUUGGUUCGGGCAUUUUUACAACCCCAGGAAUGGUAUGGAAGUCCCUGAACUCCCCACAGGCGGCAAUGAUAUUAUGGGCUAUUGGCGGUAUUAUCAGUAUGGCGGGUUCACUCACCUAUGCAGAACUAGGUGCAUCUAUUAACCGCAGUGGAGGCGAGAGUGCCUAUUUAAAAGUAGCAUAUACCAAGCCAAAAAAUUUUAUUAGUUACCUUUUCUCCUUUAUGUUCAUUGUUGCAAUCCGGCCUGGAAGUAUUAGUGCGGUAUUACAGGCCGUGGCACAAUACCUCUGGUAUAUAAUCAGCGACGAUGCAUCUGAAUUAAAUUCCAAGAAAGGUUGGGAAAGUGGUUGGCCAUUUUGGCGAUUAAAGUUAAUCUCUAUUAUUACUCUAGCGAUCAUAACCGGCUAUCAUAUGUAUAGCACCCGUUUGGCUAAUUACAUUAAUCAAACGUUUGCCGUCAUUAAAAUGAUGGUUUUAACUAUCAUUGCUAUUGCGGGGCUGGUCAAAUUACCAUCGGUAUUAAGUACACAUCCGAAUAAUUGGUUAGAUCCAAUUGAGGCAACGAGAGGAUUUAAAGACUUUUCAUUUUCCUUUAUUUUGGUUGACUUGUUGGUCAACGUCGCUUUUAUCUCUGUUGUACCGAGGGAACUUAUAAUUGACAUUGAAGAAUUUAAUGAAGUUAUCGCAGCAGAUUUCUUUAUGAAUCUUUUUGGAAAAAAGGCAGGACGAAUAUUGUCCCUUUUUAUUAUCAUUUCGGCCAUUGGUACCGCAGCUUCGAUGACCUGGAGCGGGUCUCGUGUGCUUGCAUAUGCGGCACAAUUAGAUUAUAUUCCGUACUUUUCGGAACAACUGAAAUGGAAAGCAACCGAAAAUUCACCUAAAUUCGCCCUUUUGGCCCAGUUUAUAUGGUGUUCAUUGUUGAUCGUCUUAGUCGGUGGCGGAAUAAGCUCCGACAGUUUUAUUUUAUUUUCCAACUUUUCUCAAUAUAGCGCAUGGAUCUUUUAUAUGUUGACGGGAAUUGGUUUAUUAUCUCUUCGAUACUACACAUCGAGAUAUCGUUUAUUUAAAAUUCCUAAUCCUAUCGUAUGUUUAUUUGUAUUGGGAGGGGUUUACAUUUCAAUUUUCUCUUAUUUCGUUGAAGUGACGUGUCCAACAAAUGAACCCAAAUGUGAUUUAAAACAUCAAAGUCUUAAAAGACAAGCUCCAUAUUUUAUUAGUUUAGGAUUUUUGGUUUUAGGAACAAUUUGCUAUUAUUUUGCAAUUUAUCGUGUCUCAAAGAACAAUGAAAUAGAAUAA